AGUUCGCGGCCGCAUCUGUAAAUCGAAAUGGUGGCGGAGUGUUGACGUAGGUGCAACGCGACGAGGGACUCAAUAACACACUACGUUAGAAAGAUAUCGAAGUGGCUGACAAGAUGAAUAUGUCAGUAGAGAAAAAAAAAUACCCGUCGGCACUGCCAACGAAUUGGCCGAUCAGAGACGAACAAUCGAGGAAAGCUGCGAGUCAAUUAUCCUCAACGGGCAAAGUUGACGUUUACUACUACAGUCGUGGCGUGAGGAACGACGCGUCCCUUGUACCUCCGAUCAGGCAAACUGCGUCGAUUUUCAAACAGCCAGUAACUAUAUACAAAACACAGGAGGGAAAAGUGAAAGACGUCAAACAUGGUAAUCAAGACAAACCAAAACAGGAAGGGGCCGAAAAGUCUGAAGGCAAACAUGGCUCUCAAGACAAACCUAAGCAGCUCUUCUGGGAGAAGCGGCUCGAAGGUUUGCGGGCCUGCGACCCGGAUGGUUACGAGUUCGACGGGAUGGACUUACCAAAGACUCUGAAGCCGGUCGGCCCCUACGUAACCGAGGAGACUUUACUUCAAAGUGUUGCCACAGCCCUCCACGUGUCUUCCCAACCCGUAACAGGCCAAACUGGCUCGAAAACCGCUUUAGAAAAAAAUCCUGGUGUUUUUCUCAACCCGGAACAGCCCCUCGUUCAGGCAGUAGCCAUUGCCGACGAUGACAUCAAACGACAAGAAGAUCGCGUUACUGUAGCGAGGAAAAAGCUACAGGAUGCUCUCAGGGGCAUAGCUACUUGAACGGCUAUAACGUAGCACAUUGGAGGAUACUGCAAACUGAUUAUUUAUAGGACAACUGUGAAAUAUUUUUCGUCCGUCUUUCGUUUUUUCUCUACUUUCUUAUUAUUAUAAAUAAUUAAUAAAUAAUAAAAUAAUGAAUAAUUAUUAAUAAAUAUAUUUAAACAUCAUAUAAAAUUGGAACGCUUAUACAUGUCCCGACCUUCCUUGAAAUCAAGGACUGGAAAACGAUUUCGACAAAAUUCUGUCUUCGUUACAGUUAUCUAGUUUCGUUAUUAAAGUGGGUAUGUUCGAUUUUUUCUUCUUUCUUCCAAGUGUCUUCAUAAUUGUUUUCGUUUUUUACCGGACUUAAGGAAAAAAGAAAACACAAA